AUGGGUCGAGAGGUUGAAGAGAAGUUAUUUUCGAGACGGGAAGUCGAGAACUUGAUUGCAGAAGGAAGGAAGGUCAUUAUCGUCAACGACAAAGUUUUGAAGGUCGACCCAUGGCUGAAAUACCACCCUGGCGGCGACAAAGCCAUCAUGCAUAUGGUAGGCAGAGAUGCCACGGAUGAAGUUACAGCUCUGCAUUCUGCUGAGGCUAAAGCUAUCAUGAUGAAAUUCAAGAUUGGCAAAAUUCAGGGUCCCUGGGUGAACUUCCGACCUCCGAUUCAGGGGGGCAAGUUUAGGCUUAUCGACGAGGACUGCCCCAAUGAAAACGACAUGUCAAUUGACCCCGUAAAUAUCACUUCUUCGGACCUAGUUAGCUCUGGAUCGACAACCCCUACAAGCUCCAGCAGUGAGCGCGAUUUUAUCCUUGACCCGAGAGUAAGGCAGAGAAAACGAGGCGCCGAUACUUCCUCGGUUUCUUCGGUGUCUGAUGGUGAAGGCGAUGCAUCUCUGUCAUUGAAACAAGAAGUAGAGAGACGUCUACAAGAAGAUCUCGAUCUUUAUCCUUCUUUAGACCCAGCCACACAGCAAAACGUCAUAAACAAGUAUCGUGAGCUCGAUCAGAAACUGCGUGACAAAGGCCUCUACCAAUGCAAUUACGGGGCAUAUGGUUGGGAAUGCCUCCGAUAUUUGACUUUCUUCAGCCUUUUUAUAUAUUUCUUGCGAACCGGCUGGUUCAAACUUUCAGCUCUUUUUCUGGGCAUCUGGUGGCACCAACUUACAUUUACAGCUCAUGACGCCGGACACAUGGGUAUCACCCAUAAUUUCGCCAUUGAUAGUUUUAUCGGUAUAUUCGUUGCAGACUUUUGUGGUGGUCUUUCCCUUGGCUGGUGGAAACGUAGCCACAAUGUCCACCAUAUUGUAACAAAUGAGCCAGAGCACGAUCCCGAUAUUCAGCAUCUACCAUUCUUUGCUAUCGACCAGAAGCUGUUCCGGAAUGUAUACUCAACAUACUACGACCGUAUUUUACCCUACGAUCGUUUCGCUCAAUUCGUCAUCCGCGCCCAGCACUGGCUCUAUUAUCCGAUGUUAUGUUUUGGCAGGCUGAACCUUUACCGGAAUUCUUGGGAAUAUAUCCUUCUUGGGCAGGCCCCAAAGAACGGGAUCGCUUGGUGGCAUAGAUAUGCUGAAGUUUUCGCUAUGGCUCUUUUCUGGGUCUGGUAUGGCUAUGGGGUUAUCUACAAAUCCCUCCCCACGACUCAGGAUCGACUUAUCUUCUUCGCAAUCAGCCAUGUCGUCCCCAUGCCUGUUCACGUACAAAUCACCCUAAGCCAUUUUGCCAUGAGCACUUCGGAUAUUGGACCAGCCGAAUCCUUCCCUCAGAGGAUGUUGAGAACUACUAUGGACGUCGAUUGUCCGGAAUGGCUAGAUUUUUUCCAUGGAGGGUUGCAGUUCCAAGCCAUCCACCACCUGUAUCCACGUAUGCCUCGUCAUAACCUUCGGCAAGCCCAAAAAUAUGUUAUGGAAUUUUGCAAAGAAGUUGGGAUCCCAUACGCCCUGUACGGAUUUUAUGAUGGCAACAAACAGGUCAUCGGUCGCUUAGCAGAAGUAAGCAAGCAGGCUGCUAUUUUCAAGGAAUGCCAGAAGUACUGUAUGGAAAACCCUACCCAUGCACACUAA